AUGGUUUUCAACGGCACGUUCUCGUUGGCAAUGGUGCUGAUCCGGGACGCUCUCCUGGACGCCGGCAUCCUGCUCCGCUUGCGGGCUGGGUCCCCGGCUUUCUGGGAUGCUGAUCCCGCCGUGCCGACUGCCGACCCAGAGGUCGUCUCUCUCGUGGACGCCGCGUUCGUCGACGACGAGCGUUUCAUGCUCACGGCGCGUCUGCCCGAGGAGCUGGAUGCUGCCGUCGACGUCGUGCUGCACGCGGUGUGUGACAUCUACGACCGCCUGAACCUGACCAUCAAUUGGAAAGCGGGCAAGUCCGAGUGCUUCCUCACGUACCGAGGCGCCAACCACUUGAGACAGCAGGCGGCCAUGAGCUAUGGGCCUCUAGCGAGCAAGGUUUUCGGCUCGGUGGUCAUGGACGCCAGCUUGAAGAUCUGGCUCAUGCACUCGUUGGUCCUCAGCCGCCUCCUCUUCAACGUGCACGUGGUCGUCCCUACGAGGCGAUAUCUGCAGGUGCUCAACGGCAUGUACAUGCGGGUGCUCCGACGAGUCGGCGACGCCCCGCGGUUCGGCCACUCCGAAACGGACCUCGAGAUACGCACGCGGCUCAAGCAGCCCAGCUUGGACUGCCUGGUGAUGCGUGCCCGUCUCCGCUACUUAGGGCGCCUGGUGCGUAGUUCACCGCCCGCGCUGCUGGCCCUGCUCGCCGCGCGGCCUGGCGGAGCGCGCCUGCCCUGGGUCACUCUGCUCGUCUCCGACCUGGGCAAGCUCCGCGAGCUCGUUGCCCUGUGCAGCACGCUGCCGCCGCCGGAGGGUACCGCGAGCGCUUGGGUGACGUUCAUCAGCGACUCCCCAGCGCGCUGGGCAAAUGCCGUGAGCAUGUUGUUUUUCACCGACUCUUGCUGUGACCGUGGCGGCGCCGCUCCGGUCGGAGGCGGCACCCGCCCAUUUGCUUGCCACCAGUGCGACGCGCGCUUCGCGACGGCGAAGGCGCGUGACCAGCAUCUCAGAAUUCGACAUCAUGUCCGGUGCUUACAGAGAAGCUACGCCGGCGCUGAUGCGACCUGCCCGGUGUGCCACGCCGUGUUCGCUUUACGCCUUCGGCUGCUGCCGCACCUUUGCGACGCCCGCCGGCCAGCGUGCUGGGAAGCCAUUCGUGCUUGCCCAGCCCGCUACCCUCCGCUACCUCAGAAGCAGGUGGCUGAGCUUGACGACCUUGACAAGGUGCAGCGCCGCGAAGCUCAGCGUCAGGGCCUGUCGCACGCACCGGCCCAAGGGCCCGCCCGUCGAGCUGACGGCAGCGAUCGUUGGGCGCGCCCGUGUCUCGACCCUUGGUCAGCCCUGUUCCAGCAUAACUUGAUACGCCUCGCGCUACACUGGGAUAAUGAAUAA